AGCCAUGCUAAGUUGCUAACCUACUGCGGCAGCCUCUGGCGCCGGACCAGCAGUCAGUCCACUCCGGGUCCAGGCAGUCAGGGUGUGCAAACCUGUACACACGUAAAGAACAUCCGCUAUAUUUCCGGUCAAAUCCCUCACCGAGAAGGCUGUGAAAACGCUCAUCUGUCCCGGUCAGCCCGUCUGCGCCCCGCUGUCCGCUGAGUCUCAGCGCUGGAGCAGAGCGACCCCCCUGCUGCUGCUGCUGGACAGAGGGAGGUAAAAAAGCAGGCGAAGCAGGGACCCAGGAAGGCGUGUGUCCCAGGGGCUACGCCGCGUUUACCUCUCUGUGCGGGUCCAUCCAGCCAACAUGCCUCCAGCUGCAGCACUUGACCUCCAUCACACACCGAGGAGCCAACACAUCUGGGGGAACCUGAACGAGACAUGCUAAGAACACACAAGUGAACAGCCAGGGGCUGUCCUGAAGUCGAAGAUAAACAUGUCCCACAACGACGAGGGGUAUGUAGUACGCAUCCGUGGUUUACCUUGGUCGUGCACACAAGAGGAAGUGGCCUCGUUUUUCUCUGACUGUGACAUUGUAGGGAAAGUGAAUGGAGUGUGCUUCACCUUCUCCAAGGAGGGAAGGCCCAGUGGAGAGGCUUUUGUCGAGCUAAAAACAGCAGAGGACUUUAAAAAAGCCCUCGCAAAGGACCGUAAAUAUAUGGGCCAUCGAUAUAUUGAAGUGUUCAAGUCGAACCGCAGUGAGAUGGACUGGGUGCUGAAACGCUGUGGCCCAACAGACUACGACAGCUGUAGUGGCUGCAUGCUAAGGCUCAGAGGGCUGCCUUUCGGCUGCAGUAAAGAGGAAAUUGUGCAGUUCUUUGCAGGGUUGAAAAUCGUGCCAAAUGGGAUUACAUUGCCGAUGGACUACCAGGGGAGGAGCACAGGGGAAGCCUUCGUGCAGUUUGCCUCAAAGGAGAUAGCAGAAAAAGCUCUGGGGAAACACAAGGAAAGAAUAGGGCACAGGUACAUAGAGAUAUUCAAAAGCAGCCGAAAUGAAAUCCGUGCAUACUACGAGGUGCCCCGAAGAAUGAUGGGACAGAGACCUAGUCCAUAUGACAGACCGAUGAUGGGUCGUGGGGGCUUCUUUGGUCCUGGACCUGCAAGGGGAGGUGCUGUAAUGGACCAGAUGCGCAGUGGAGGUGGUUACAGUGGUGGUUAUAGUGGCUUUGACAACUACAAUGGCUUUAACAACUACUGCUUUGGUAAUGGAAUGUUUGAAGAGCGUGCGAGGGGUGAUCGAGGAAGAGGAGGGAUGGGAGGUCAUGGCUACAGCACAGGGGAACCUGGCUCAGGCUUUCACAGUGGACACUUUGUACACAUGAGAGGUCUUCCCUUCCGUGCAACAGAGGCAGACGUAGCCAAUUUCUUUGCUCCGCUGAAUCCGAUUCGGGUGCACAUUGAUGUUGGACCCAAUGGAAAGCCCACUGGAGAGGCAGAUGUAGAGUUUGGAUCUCAUGAAGACGCUGUAUCAGCCAUGUCAAAAGACAAGAACCACAUGCAACACCGUUAUAUAGAGCUUUUCUUGAACUCGACCUCGAGUGGAGCAUCUGAAAUGGGUCGUGGUGGUGGUUUCUAUGGCAACUCUGGAGGCAUGGGCUCUCGAGGAAGUGGACUGAGGGGCAUGUUCUGAAGAGAACACAUUUUACAAGAAGUAAUUUUUCUGAUAGAAGGUUCUUUUCUAUUGAGAUGUAUCACAUGUUCAUAUAAAAAUUAAGCAGAGUUUUUUCCAGACUCCGAGUGGAAUUAAAAAGUAUAAAGUAUAUAAAUAAUUAUAUAUAGGUUGACCAGCAACUGUACAUUUUGCUUAUUAAAUUUUAUAUUAAAUCCUCCUGUUUGUUUCACUCGUUACUUUUUUUUUUUCUUAGUCUGUUGUCAUCUUUGUAGAUCUGCAAUCUCAAGGGUCACUGUGAUGGGCUGCCAUCUUUAUUGAAUAAGAUAAGCGAGCCUUUUUCCCCAGCAUAUGAAUUGUUCUGGCUGUUAACUGUUUUUCUUGAAUAGUCACUUUAAUUGCAGACUUGAUGUUCAAGUAAUGAUUGUCAAUUGAAUCAUUUCUUAUAAGUUAAAAAAAAUGUUCCUUGGAAAAUAAACUUUUUAAGUGUGUACAGAUCAUUGCAAAACAUUUGUUCUGAUUACAUGAUAUUACAUGUUUUCACAGAUGGGGAAUAUUUGCAUUUUCAUUUAAUUUGUGUUGCAUUUCUUUGAAGGACUGUACAAGGCACAGCUACAUUAAAACAAAUGUUUAUGUAAAAUGUAAAAAAUGAAGGAAUGUUUCUCUUACUUGAAAAAUCAGGACAGUCAUGGAAAUCCUCAGAACACAAUUGCCUAAGUUGCUUAUGUCCACAUUGACCUAAUUUAGCAAAUGCCUCUAAUUUUAACAAAGCAGUGUAAAUGUUAAAUAUGAUGUAUUUAAAUGGAUAUUCUGUUAUUGAUGCAGAUACAUGAGCCAGAUCUCUAGCCAUGUAAACAAGAAGUCCAAAGACGUACAAGGGGGGGGAAAUAAAUAUUUCACUGUAAAUAUUUGCUGCUUCAAAUAUUUUAAAAUCAUGAAUAAAUCUGCUUUACAAACCUGCA